CUUCUCUUUUUUCCAUUCAGACCCGCACGCCACCACCCCUAUCAUGUCUUGGCUUUGGAGCGCCUCACCAAUCGACGAGCUCGUUGGUAAGGAUGUCCUCCUCUCACUCUAUGUUGCUCUCUCCAUUGCUUGGCUCUCACAGGCAGCUUUUUUCAGGCAAAGAGUACAUGCUGCUUCGCCAGGCAUUCCUUCCAGCAAACCCGCUAAUCACGCUUUUUGGGACUCAUUUGUGCCUGGUGCCAAACAUAGACAAAGCGACGUCUGAGAACCUGCCUGCGGGUUCGGAAGACCUGGCACUGAAUCUGGAGAUUUGCGAUCAGAUUCGGUCUAAGCAGGUCUCGCCAAAGGAGGCUGUCAAGGCUCUGAAGAGGCGUCUUGACCACAAGAACCCAAACGUGCAAUUGCUUGCGCUUGGCCUGACCGAUGUCUGCGCCAAGAACGGAGGACAUCACUUUUUGGUCGAAAUUGCGUCGCGCGAAUUCAUCGAUAACUUGACGUCGAUUCUGAAGGCACCUUCUGGAUGUAACUUUGAGGUCAAGAACCGCAUCCUGGGGUUGAUUCAGACAUGGGGAAUACUUUUCAGAGGAAAGCAGGGCCUGGGAUAUGUCUGCGACACAUAUAUGAUCCUCCAGCAUGAAGGCUUUCAGUUUCCUCCAAAGGACAAUAUCGGUGUAGCCCUUGUCGAGUCGGAAGCGCCACCGGACUGGACGGACUCGGAUGUUUGCACACGCUGCCGCUCGGCUUUCACCUUCACCAAUCGCAAGCAUCAUUGCCGUGCGUGCGGUUCGACAUUCUGCGGGCAGUGCUCCAGCAAGACCAUGGCACUGCCCAAUCUCGGGGUGAUGCAGGAGGUCCGUGUGUGUGACGGAUGCUGGAUGAAGAAAAAGCUUGGCAACAAGAGUGUUGUCGCCCUUGAGAGUCAUGGAUUGGGAGGCGGCCUGGAGUAUGUACCGAAUUCCAGCAAGACUUCCUCCACCGCGGCGGCUAUCGCAUCAAAGAGUUCGUCAUCAACACCAAUCCCCUCAACAUCGACGGGCAGUGCAUCGAAUUCGGCUGCGCAGGCGGAGGAUGCUGACUUACUGAGGGCCAUCGAGUUGUCAUUGAAGGAGGCCAACAAUCAACCUGGAUAUUCUGCUCUCAAGCGUUCCAGCACUGAGCCUGCAAAAAAGGCACCCACUCUGACAGAAGAAGAGGAGGACGCGGACCUUUUGGCCGCCAUCGAGGCUUCGUUGAGAGAAACCAGCAUUCACUCAUCAUCGUCGCCUGCGGCACCUCGGUCUAACCAGCGACAGUCUUCAUAUUCAUCAUACACGUACACGAAGAAGCCGAUCGCCACAUUUGUUUCUCCUAAUGAGCUGUCUGACACUGAGAAAUCCAAUAUUGAAAUGUUCUCUGUGCUGGUUGACAGAAUUCAUGUGAUGCAGGGCGAUGUUACGGGCAACUGCGAGGUUCAGGCGUUAUAUGAACAGAUUUCAAAGCUACAGAUGAAAAUCGCUCUCAGCACCGAGGAGGCUGCCCGGAAGCAAAGAGAAUUUAUCGCAUUCAAUGACAAGAUUGACCAUGCGGUCAGGAUCUAUGACCAUUUAUUGCAAGAACGCUUGAAUUCGACGUAUCAACGAAGGAUGAACGCGAACAAUCAUGGACACCCAGGAAUGCACUCAGGCGCAGGUCAAGGACUGUACAGUGGGGCGGCAACGCCCCAGAUGCCUCAGGUCAACCAUAUAUACCCUCCGGUUGGCGCACCAGAAUCACGAUAUGCACAAUAUGCACCAGCAACAGGCCCAUAUGGCAGCGUUCCUCAGACCCCGCAGAUUGCAUUCCAGGUACCAUACCAGCAACAACAACCACAGCAACAACCACUCCAGCAGCAACAGGCCCCAUAUCAAUACCAGCCCAUGCAAUCCCAGCAACCAUCUGCUACUGCACCCUACUCAGUCGCCUCGCCUAGGAUUCCUGAGCAGCACCAGCCUUUUUCUGCGGCUCCAGGAGGACAGCCACCUGCAUUACAGAGCUCAUUCUCAUAUCAGAAUGCUCUACAACAGCAACAGCCUCUGCCCCAGGCUCAACCUCAUUCUCAGACUCAACCCCAGCAGAACUUUGCACUUCAGCAGCCGACAUCGCAGCAGCAACAGCAGUAUCAUAAUAAUACUGCACCCUCUGUUACAUCACCUAUAAGUAGUCAACCGCCGAUGCCCAAUAACGCGUAUCAGCUUACAGGUCCAACGACGCAGCUGCCUCCUCCCCAACAACAACAACAGCAGCAGCAGCAGCAACAGCCGAUGCAGUCAAUCAUGGGACCUGGUACUCAGCAAGCGCAAGGACCCUAUGUCCCCUAUGACCAACAGAAGCAGCAACCACAGGUGCAGCAGCAACCGCAGGUGCAGCAACCGCAGGUGCAGCAACUGCAGCAGCAAAAGCAACAGCAGCAGCAACAACAGCAACAGCCGGCACCGGUUUCACAGCAGUUCUCGGUUGCUAAUCAGAACGUUUCGUUGCAGUAUGCGCCACAGCAACAUCAGCAACAGCCUAUGCAGCAACCGAUGCAGCAACCACCUGUAAUUCAGCAGCAGCAGCAACAGGGUUAUGUCAUGGUACCAUCUCCACCGCAGCCUCAGGUAGAGGAUGCACCGUUGAUUGAACUGUAAUAAUGGCGUCCAAGUCUUUUAUCAGUUUACGGAUAAAAAAAAAAAAAGGAUGCCAUAUGUACAUUUUUUUUUUUUUUUUUUACAGAACAAUAAGAAUGCAUUGAAUGGAUGCAAUAAGAUCGGCGGAUCCCUUUCUAAAUGAACAUGCAAGAGCAAUUGGCGAAGCACCGCACCCACGAUGGGGGGUUUUUUUUCUUUGGGCUGAAGCACAAUGUGUCACGGCAGACUUUUUUGUCGAUCGCGCCAGAAAUUCAGCGGAGAUCGAUCGACUGCGGGGUAG